AUUACGAGAAGGAGUAUUUUAAUCAGUCAGUAAAUACAUGUUUACAUGGUAAUAAAACCAAAAUGAACUACUAAACUGUAUUUCUUCCUAUAGCAAAUUAUUCCACUGUGCGUGAGGAGAAGGCACUUAGCAUCAUGCAGAUGAACUACCCUUCUGUAGUUCAGCAUGAACAGACAUUGCUACAAAAUUACAAAUUACUUGCAAUCCAAAGGGGGGAAAAAUUGCAACAAUAACUCAUUGAUAUCAGUAUUUUUAAGAGAUGAUAGGAAAGACCACAGGCCAUAACAAUGCAUUUUAAGUGCUAAAAAAGGUUACUGAUUCAUACAUAAUUUCCCUUUUUCAUGUCUAAGACAAUGUGAAAUAUUUGAGGUAUGCCCACUGAAAAAUAUUAUUUGCUUUCCUAAUUUAACUUGGUAAUCAAUUUUUACUCUGUGUAGAAUCGUGUACUGUAUGUUUUUCUUAGACCUAAACACUUUAAUCAUAUGAUAUGGUAUUAUACUUUAUUCUGCAAAGAAUAUCUUUUAUCAAAGAAUACUGGUGUGUCUUGCCACUGGAAAACAAGUUCUGCUUACUCUUGCCACUGGUGUUAGGUGAAACUUUUAUGAUAUUUUUGCUGCAAGCAUAUUUUUCCUGGGCUAGCUUUUCUUCUCUGCCAUCUCUUACCUUUAAUUGCUUAGACUAUUGAAAACCUCACCAGCACAGAUGGGAAUUUGCUUUUGCAAGGCUGAGAGUGCCACAGCAGAAGCCAAGAGGGGGUAAAGGAAGGCAAGGGAUAAUUCAAGCAGCAAGGGGAAGGACAGCAUCCACCAAGGAGACAGAGCAGUCUCCUUGCUGAAGAUGUGAAACGGGGAGAACAGAAGUCAUAUGAGGAGCUGGACAGGAAAUGUCUAGAGAAGUGAAAUAGCAGACUGAGAUGUGAAAUGGUCUGGGAUGGAGAAAAUUUCUCUCGGCUGGCUGUUGAACUACCAAGUCCACAUUUAGCAUUGAUUAGGCUGAAAACAGCGGGAAGCUAUAAAGUGGGAGAAAAUAAAAAAAAAUUUGAAAUGCUCAUCCAGGUAGACAGGAAGAUUCCAGGACUGGUAUUUGCUGCUGAAGAUGGAGAUGCAGGUUUAGGGGAGGAAGACUUGAAGACCUGGAGCAGACAAGGGCUAUGGGCUGAAGAGGUAGGAUGUGAGCUCUGGAUUAAGCAGCUGGAGGAUGAGAGUUCUUUGAAAAAGCUGAGACUUUGGAAUGAUGUGGGAACCAUGAGGCAGGAGAAGUGACAGGUAGGUAUAGGGGGGCUGAAUGAAGCGCUACAAUGGGACAAGAGCAACACAGGUCCACAGACCAGCAACAAGGUUUCUGUGAAGAAAGAUGAAGAAAGAGCAAACACACAUAUACAUGCCCCAAGCCCAUGUACUCUUCUACAUUUUCACUGCUGGAAACCAUGACAGCUCCAGGCCUGGCUAGACUGAGGAUGUCCCAUAAGUCUGUCCUUCCCUAAAGAGCAAGCAGAGGCUGCUAUGGCAAUGGCAUAUUAUCCUGACUUACUGAGAGGAGGGGCUUAAUGAUAAAAGAUAUUUCCCUUGCAGUUUGAUACCUGCUCUCUGAACAGCUGCCAUUGCAUAUGGAAUGCUACCAACACCUUGGAUAAUAAGCAGUACUUGCAAAAUAAGAGUUGUGAUUUCAGGAGGUCCAGAUUAAUGGAGAGAAAGAACACAGCCUGGAAUCUAGACUUCUGUAAAACAGAUAACUCCAACUUUUCUAAAACAGGUGUACUCCGUGGACAGAUGAUGAAUGGUACAUGCCUUAUUUUCAUUUGCAACAGAAAUCCUAAGCUGGAGUGGUACUGUUAUUUGCUAGUUCUGGUUUGCCUUUUCACUUUAUUAACAGGAUUUCUGGGCAAUAUACUUGCACUACGACACUAUGUUUACUGCAUGAAGACAUGGACUACCAAUACCAUAUUUCUCUUUAAUUUGGCUCUGUGUGACUUUACUUGGACUCUCAUGGCACCUUUUUCAGUAUAUUAUAACAUCCAGAAGUUCGCUGUCUAUUUCAGUCAAGCGUUUCAUCAGAUCAUAAGACUAUUUUUUAGUAUUAAUAUCUAUGGAAGUGUGUAUUUCCUGACACUCAUCAGUUUUGACAGAUACAUAGGUGCCGUUCAUCCCAUCAGCUCAUUAACAUGGUGGGACAAAGAAAAGGCAGUGUUUUGCACCAUUGGUGUAUGGAUCUUCAUAGUGAUUGCAUCGGGGCCUGAGAUUUACUACACAGUUGCAGCUAGAAAAGAGCACAGCAUCACAAAUCACCUGGACAGCACUGAAGAACCUUUAAAAUUUGCCGUGCCAUUCACACUCUCCAAAAUUUGUCUGAGAUUCCUAAUUCCAGCCACAGUCAUCUUUACAUGCUAUAUGUUGACACUCAAAGCUUUACUGCAAUUCAGUAAACGUCAGCAAAGAAGGAACAGACUCGUUAGGCCUCUGUUACUGAUUUCAGCUGCUAUGAUUGUGUUUGCUGUUUCUUUCAUACCUUACCAUGUCAUGAUGAUGGUGAUACUAAUCUACAGAAUUAAUUGUCAACCACCCUGUGGGAACAUGGGCACAUUAAGUGCCAUUUUCAAAGUCACAGAGAUCAUCUGCAGCAUCAACAGUUGCCUUGACCCAAUCAUUUUUACAAUAGCAAAUAAGACGUUCUAUCAAAGAAUUAAAAGUAUAAAAUGUCACCCCAAAUGCCAUUACUGCUGUUGUCUGACAGGAAGGGUAAGGGACAUCACUCUGUCCCUGAGAACAAUGACUUAAACACCAGUGCACAAAGACUUGCAUCUCCAGCUGCUCCUCUGGCUUUGUGUCAUGAGACCCAUCUCAUAUUUGGUCUCCCAUAUUGUACAGGUACCUAUCAAAUAAGCAAGAAUACACAGAAAUGCAGAGUAAACAAGAAAUACUAGCAGCUCCUAGCUUUACAGAAUUGGCAUUUUAAAUAUUGUUGUCAUACCCUAAUUUAUUGUGAAAUAAUACUUCUAUCUGUAUGCACAUGCAAUAUGGAAUAAAAAAUAAUGAAAAGUUCUAAGUAGCUCCUUUAAUUCUGGGAGAGAAAAAAACAGCAAGAUUAAGAGCAGACAGUGUUGAGGAGCCUCCUUAUAGUUUCUGUUAAUUAUUUCUUCAUCAGUUCGUAAGUGCUGCCGUGGUUGUGAUUGUGCAAUUAAUAACUGUCAGAAUGCUUACAGCUGAACUGCUUGAGCAUUUGCAGAGAGGCUUUCUACAAGUACUUCAUUUUAAUGCUGCUUGCUCUAGAGUUCCACUGGCAGUGGAACCUCAUUAACCCAGGAAAGUGCAGCACAUUUCCAAAAACAAACAAACAAAAAAUAAAUAGUAAGAUAAUGUCCCUGAGGAUAGUCAGAAGCACAGUGAAUCUGCUCAUGAAACAAACAAGCAUGGAUUGGAGAGCAGUGCUAAGUCUUCUCCCAGGCAGCAGGGGUUCCCUCCAAACCCAGGCAACUGCAGUUGUUUGUUAUUAGUGCUCUGCUUCAGGGGAGCCUGUGCUCUGCCACGAACUCUGAACUCCUCAACAGGGAGAAGUCUGCACUGGAAAAGCUCUGAAAUGCAAGAAAGGUAAGAGAUGCCACUACACAGAAUGCUUCUUGUCCUGUUCCUUUGGGGUCUUAGCUCACAGUUUCAGGACAGUCAAGAUAAUUAGACUACAAUACAUUUUAGUCACUCAACCAACACAACAGUCAUCAAAACAUCCACCUUCAAGAGUCAUUAAAUGUGUGUUCUUUCAUCACACUGUAUGGGCAAAAUAAUCAUGUUCCAAUAAUCAGCCACCUGCUGACUUGUUUUUGUGCCAAGUUCCACACAUUACCUUUUUAAUUAUGAAAGCCCAUGUAUCAGUGAGCAAAUUAACUUUACUUUCAAAGUUACUGAUGACGAAAUAGAUUUUGAUAUACUUUGUACAGUCUUAAUUCUUUAAUUUCCACAGUUUUAAUAUCAUUUUCUCCUUGUAUGUAUUAGAAAAUUAUUCUAUUCCACGUGGGUAUUCAAUCUCUCUUGUUCUGUUUCAAUUGUAUUGACUAAAUAUAUACAUAUAAAAUCUAGAAUUUUUUUAAUAGUCUGUAACUCUGACAAGAAAAGAAUCUGGUUCUGAUAAUCUGAACCACUUUACAAGGGUUGGGAUGUACUAUUACACUCACAAAAUCCCACAGAAAAAUUGCAUGCCUUUGUG